AUGGUUGAUAAAAGUUCAAAAGCUACAAAUGAGAAAGAGAAGAAUGCCAAAUUUCUUGGCAACCAGUUCUGGACACAAAGCAAAAAAAGUGUUAACUAUAAUAGUGGAGAUCAGCAAAUACGGCCUGAAUCGACUGUUAGUCGACAAUUUUUGCCUAAAAAACAACAACGAAUUAAUGAAGCUUGGAAUAAGCAGGCGCAAGAAAAGACAGAUGAAUUAAAUCAGCCAUUUAAUUACACACCUUUCAAGUCUGGUUCUCUAAAUAAAGCACCAUCUACAAGUGCUUUUCGCCGUGGUACACCAAAUCCACCAGAUAUACUCCAACCUAAUAUAUUAAUUCCACCAGGCAAUUUACAGCCAACUGAUUUUUUACUUAAAAGGUCAGAAACACCUCGAGCGCAAGUAAAUCCAUAUCAAAUCUACGGAGGAUUAUCUAAUAUGAAAGAAAUUUGUCCACAAGGUCAAAGUACACCGAAGAUGUCGUGCCAUAACCUGCAUGGACAACAAAAUCAUUUACAAUUAUCAGCUGGUGGGUAUUUAGCUUCAGUACAUAGCAAUAAGAAUGCCAUACCUCGUCUUGAAGUGAAAAAUGCUUGGAAAAAUACAAAUUUGGAGACAAUACCAUUAAAUGGACCAUAUCGGCCUGCUAGUGCUAUGAAUCCCUUAGCUAUAACUCGCCCGAUUUCGAGAGCCACGAGUGACAUUGGGAUAGGAAUGAUGAACAGCGGCUUUGAAUCGCGCUACCAGAGUUAUACGACCUUACCCAGACCUGAAAAACUGGAUUAUGACCAACGUUCAAAUCACGGAAGUGAAGUUAUUCACUUGAAUAAGCAAAUGAGCAUGAUAUAUAAUCCAUAUAUAACGAAACCUUCAACGGAUACACAAAUUUCAAACAGACCCCCAUCUUCAAUUUUGAUUGGCGCACCGGGAAUGGUUAGUGAUUAUAUAGUCAGAAAACCGUCACUAUAUACAGGCGAUCCAAUAAUGCCUCCAAUAACAGUUCAAGACGACAUUAUUAAGCCCGCAGUAGAUAUCGUUUACUUUGAUGGACUAUCAUUGCUUUCGGUAUUUCAAGUAAGUCGAUCAUUUAUUAAUCAAAAUGCAAAAAAAAAUGAAAAUACUCUUUUUCAGGUGCUUUGUGCUUUAGUAACAAUCACUUGUGGCGUGUUGCGGUUAUUGUGGCGAGCAAAAUAUGCCAUUGGGAUAGAAAUACUGUUUUCUGUACUCGUGCUAAUAGCUGGAAUAAUGGGAAUUUAUGCUAAUAAUAAAAGGUAA